CAAUCUCUCUCUUCCCGAAAUAGAGAGAGCCCAAAAUCGCAGCGAGCUCGAUAUAGAGAGAGGAAAACCCUAGAAAUAGGCGACUUUGAACCCCCCUUAAUUUCUGUAAAAAAAAAAUCUCUCCUUUUCUUCUCCUUCCAUCUUCGAUCUUCUUCUGUUCUUUUCUUCUUAUUUUUGCUCUUUUUUCUAUAAUUUUCUGGUUUAUUUCAGGGCGAAUAGCGAUGGAUUCGGUGCAUUGCGGAGGGACGAACCGAUUCUUCUGAGAAUUUGUUAUUUGAUUGGAAUUUCCGUUCUAAUUCCUGCUUUUUUUCUGUGCUUGUUCUGAAACUAGGGUUAGGGCUUUUGCUCCGGCCUCAAUCCUCCCAGCGUGGGCUUCAAGUGCGGUUCGCGGGUUGUGAGACUUGUGACUAUAAACCUUGGCUUGUGAAACACACUAAAAGGAUGUCCAGUCCAUAUUCAGUUCUCAACAACCGUCCUGUUGAUCAAUGGAAGGUCACUGAGUUAAGAGAAGAGCUUCGAAGGCGGAGGUUGAAAACAAAUGGUCUAAAGGAGGAGCUGGUGAAGCGGUUGGAUGGAGCUCUUCGCCUUGAGAUGGAAGAAGCUGAGAAAGAAGAGUUGGGUAAUGAAUCAAUUCCUGAUAAUGAUCUUGUACACGAAGUUGAUAAAGAGGAACUAGAAAAGCCUGCACUAGCAGAGAGUAUUGCUGAACCUAUUGAAGACAAAGUUGACAAAGAAAAAGCGGCACCACCACCGGCAGAAAGUAAUGCUGAACUGGUGGAAGAUAAAGCUGAACCCAUGGAAGGUAAUGCUGAACGCGUGGAAGAUAAAGCUGAGCCGAUGGAAGAUAAAGCUGAACCCGUGGAAGGUAAAGUUGACAAAGAAGAAGCUGCAUCGCCACCGGCAGGAAGUAAUGCUGAACUGGUGGAAGAUAAAGCUGAACCCAUGGAAGGUAAUGCUGAACGCGUGGAAGAUAAAGCUGAACCGAUGGAAGAUAAAGCUGAACCCGUGGAAGGUAAAGUUGAGGAAGAAAGAUUGGCAGGUCCAGAGUUUAGUGCUAAACCAAUCACAGAUAAGAACGAUCAAGCUGUCAAUGAUAGUGCCAUGACUGAAAAUAUUGACCGCACUGGGGAUGUUGGUGAAGACAUUAAGGAGCAUGACCAGAAAGAAGUGGGCCAUAGCACUUUGGAUGCAGUACUCGAGCACACCACAGAUAAUACUCUUCCCAAGGAAAACGUAAGGACUGACAGUCAGACUGGUGUUGGCCAGUUAGAGUCAAUUGACCAAGACGUGAAGAACAAGGACUCAAAGCCUGCUGCAGAGGAUGUCAAGCUCACCGUUUCGGAGCCAACCAAUCAGGUAUCUGAGGUCAGCCCAGAUUUAGGGUUUCAAGUAAGGUCUAAGUCAAUUUCUACUGAUUCUGUGUCAAUUAAUGAAAAGAAUGAACUAAAGGAUAAUUUGAAUACUAACAAUGUCAAUUUAGAACUGGAAGUUGUUAAGCCGGAGAUGGUGCAACCAUCAUCCAGCGAUGUCCCCAAUAUUAGUGGCGAUUCUCACCCAUUAGAAGAUGACAAAGUGAUGGUAGACAACCAGGCCUCUUUGGAAGAGGCUGGUGAUCUUACAUGUGCUACAGAUAUGGAACUUUGCAAGAAAAUGGAGGGUGUAGAUGGGGAGUCACCUGAAAAGUUGAAUUUAGAUAGAAGCUCAGGUGAUGAGUCAAUGGAAGAAGAUGUACUGGAAAGUAAGCAAAUUGAAUCCAAGAAUAAUUCUGAAGAGGGGGAAAAGAAGGAAGACAUCAAAGAGGAUAUGUCACAGGUAGCACAAGCUAUUGAUGCCGUGGCGGGUGGGUUUUCUCACGAGGAAAAGUUCAGGGUUUCUGAGGAAGAAAUUAAACCCACAGCUGGAACAGAGAAAAGAAAAGCUGAAGCCCAAGAAGCAGUUAGUACAAAUAAUGAGCCAAAGCGGCAACGUCGCUGGACUUCAGAUACUGCUAAGGCUCCUGAACUGCAAACAUCUUAUGUAACUACCAGUACACCAAAAGAUGUUUUUCAGCCAGCACUUAGAAAAUCAUUCUCAAGAUCCGACUCCUCACUCAGUGCUGAUAUGCCAAAGGAGCGAAUUGUUCCACCAUCUCAGAAGCCAGCUACCACGUCCUUGAGGAUUGAUCAUUUCUUGCGUCCUUUUACUUUGAAAGCGGUGCAGGAGCUGCUGGCAAAAACAGGAACUGUUGUUGAUUUCUGGAUGGAUCAGAUCAAGACUCACUGCUACGUCACUUAUUCCUCAGUGGAUGAAGCCACGGCAACUAGAAAUGCGUUGUACAAUCUCCAGUGGCCAACCAACGGCGGUCGUCUGCUAGUGGCUGAGUUUGUUGAACCUCAAGAGGUAAAGACGCGACUUGAAGCCCCUCCACAAACUCCAGCUCCCAUGAAACCUAGUCCUACAACUCCAACUGCUGCUCCCUUUCAACGCCAAGCUCAGGCUCCGGUACCUUCUCGCCCUAACAACCUCACACUCUCUAAUCCUCCUCCAGCGAGGGAAAGACUUCCACCUCCCCCACCUCUACCAAAGAAGCCAGAGCCACCCAUUAUGACAUUAGAUGAUCUCUUUAAGAAGACGAAAGCCACGCCAAGGAUCUAUUACUUGCCUUUGUCUGAGGAGCAGGUUGCCGCCAAGCUUCAGGCAGAACAAGGCAAGUGAUGGGGAGCUGUUUUACUCUGGGAAGUAGGGUGCAGGUUAUAUGAAACUAGAAGAGUACUUCAGUUGUUUGUGGACUUUGUGUUGAGUUUUAGCUGCAGCAGUUGGCCAGACAAGUUUUUGCAGAGUGAUGCAAGGCUUUUUACCUUAGGUUUCUAUUUGAGGCGGUUAUUAUGUUUCAAAUUUGAUCGUCUUUAAGUACUCGGUUAGACGAUAGUAUUCUUAUCUGAAUGAAAGAGUCUGUUUUCUCCUAAUUCGACUGUCGGUCUGAUGUAAUGUGUUGUUAUGGUUCUAUGUUGCUAAAAAAACCGUUGCAGUCUUUAGUCAUUGGAAUGGUUCAAUAAACACUUGCCCUUCAUGAGGUCAA